AUGACAAGGAAGAUCCUCACCAACACAAGGGAGCGAUGGAGGCAGCAAAAUGUCAACAGUGCAUUUGCCAAGCUGAGGAAACUCAUUCCCACCCACCCGCCGGACAAAAAGCUCAGCAAGAACGAGACACUCCGGUUAGCUAUGAGAUACAUCAACUUCCUUGUCGAGGUCCUGAGAGAGCCAGGCCUGCAACAGACCACAGUGGCAGCACGGGGCAGCAUUCUGGGGUUCUUCCAGCAAGCCCCCUGCUUGCAAAGUAUGGAAGAGCUGACGUUGAUCAAAACCUGUGAUGUCUCCUCUCCUGGCAUGGGUGGCAAUAUAGGAGAGUGUUGA